AUGCAUUCCUCCACUCUCAGGUUAGCCUUGGUCGCUCUGAUCGGAUUGAUUACUUUCUUCAACAGUUCCCAGGCCCUGCCCAUAUGCCUCGAGGUUUCCCAGGAAUAUACUGAGAAACAUCUUCCAUACUGCAUUCCCCGUCUCGAUAGUCGAACUCCAGCACCACCAUCCAAGCCUCCCAAGAAUCCUGCUCUCAACGAAAAGUUGCCCGGCAGUAACACCCCUAGCGGUGCAGGCCGUGGACCCGGUGGCUUACCUGGCUCAACUCCACUAAAACAAGCACCUCCUACUGCGAAAACCCCCGAGCAAAUCUUGGCCCCUGGCAAUGGCUGGACCGUCACUAUAUUCGAUGGACUUGCCAACAGGGGCUUCAAAGUCAACCAUAACAAAUACUCAAAUGCAGUAUCCGGCAAAGUCAACGCGAAAGAGGGAUCCUUGAUUGUGUCUCACGCUAAGAUGAAUGAUGCCAACAAAUUGGUUCCCCUUGAUCAACAAGUCAAAUUGUCGAACAUUCAGGUGGAGGUCCUAAAAAAGGCAGGAAUUACCCCGGAGAAAACGAAGAAGCUUAGUUGCGAAAAUGUCCAGGAGUCAAGCACUAUUCCGGUGCUACAGGCCGCCAUGAUAGAAAAGGGAUCCGCGCGAGAGGUGGACUCUUUUACCGUUAGCGCCUCUGCCACUGGUGCUGACAAGAAGAUUUUCGAUGACAUUUCGAAGACCAUGUUUGGGAAGAAUGCAAAUUGGGUCAAUUCGGACUACGUCAAGAAGGGCGUUUCGGGAUAUCGAGUCUAUGGUGGCUUGAAAACCCCCAACUUGGACGCCCUCUUCCCUUGA